CAGUAGAAGCGCAGAUGAUCACUGGCACCAGCAGGUGGCAGUUAUACCGCUAAACUCCAAGGUAGAAGAAGAAUUAAAAAAAACUCACUUCCGGUGUAUUGAACGCUAUAUCCUUUUAUGGUAUGUUUGGUUUUAUAUACAAGACAGGCGCAACCCGAUCUUGAAGCCAUCAUUUUUCACUCCCUUUAAUAAGAAAAUGUCGAAGUCAAUGAAGAAAAUUGUAGAUGAGACUCGGGAGAAGAACCUUCCAGAAGUGGAAAUGUGCGACAGAGGCAUUUCGAACAUGUUGGAUAUACCAGGAUUGUUCACCUUGUCCAACAUUACUCAAUUGGUCCUCAGCCACAACAAGCUCACCGUGGUGCCUGCUAAUAUCUCAGAGCUGAAAAAUCUGGAGGUCCUUAACAUGUUCAACAACCAGAUUGAAGAACUGCCAACUCAAAUUAGCAGUCUUCAGAAGCUGAAGCACCUUAAUCUUGGAAUGAACCGCCUUUGCAACUUGCCCAGAGGCUUUGGUUCUUUGCCAGCGCUGGAAGUUUUGGACCUUACCUACAAUAAUAUGAACCAAAACUCCCUGCCUGGAAAUUUCUUCUACCUUACAACACUUCGUGCUCUGUAUCUGAGUGACAAUGACUUUGAAGUUCUGCCAGCUGACAUCGGGAAGCUGACAAAGCUGCAAAUAUUGAGCCUUCGGGACAAUGAUCUCAUCUCGUUGCCAAAGGAGAUUGGGGAAUUGGUACAACUUAAGGAGCUUCACAUCCAGGGCAAUAGACUGACAGUCCUGCCCCCUGAACUUGGUAAUCUGGAUCUGACUGGACCAAAGCAGGUCUUCAAAGCAGAGAACAAUCCCUGGGUCACUCCCAUUGCAGAUCAGUUCCAACUCGGAGUCUCCCAUGUGUUUGAAUAUGUUCGCUCCGAGACCUACAAGUAUCUCUAUGGCAGGCACAUGCAGGCCAACCCGGAACCUCCAAAGAAGAGCAACGACAAAAGUAAGAAGAUCAGCCGCAAACCACUAUCGGCAAAAAACAAAUGAAGAAAUAGAAAUGUUGAUUUCCAAACCAUUUGUAUGAAAUGAAAUGUAUGUCACAUCUUGCCCGAUGUCACGUGUAGUCACAAACCAAAAUAAUACAAUCUCUUGCUUGUAUGCUUUUAUUUGCGCUGAGCAUGUGUUCUGUACGUUUUUCUGAGAAUUACCGCAUAUCAAUGGAUUUUUUUUUUUUUUUUUUUUUUUUUUUUUUU